AUCGCUCUAUCUAACAUGCCUGUGGAGGUUAUUUCACCGUUAGCUGACACUGGAUUAGUAGUGACAAAGUUUCAGAAAUCUGUACCAAUGGUUACUUACUUGGCUUGUUUCAUUGUCUGUGAUUUUCAAUACACAAGAACUACAACUUCAGCUGGAAAAGAGUUUCGUGUGUAUUCUGCUCCGGAUCAAGUAAACAAAACGAAGUAUGCCCUGCAAUUUGGAUCCAGAGUUUUGGAGUAUUUUGAAAAUUACUUUGGAAUAGAUUAUCCUUUACCAAAGCAAGAUAUGGUAGCAAUUCCUGACUUUGUGUCUGGAGCGAUGGAACAUUGGGGUGUCAUCACUUUUCGAGAAACUUCCCUCUUGUAUGAUCCUAAGAGUUCAAGUCCAAGAAAUGAGCAGCGAGUUGCUACUGUCGUAUCUCACGAAAUGGCUCACAUGUGGUUUGGUAAUUUAGUCACCAUGGAAUGGUGGGAUGAUCUCUGGCUUAAUGAAGGAUUUGCAAGUUAUGUUGAGUAUAAAGGCGUUCAUGAACAACAUCCUGAAUGGGAUAUGCUGGCACAGUUUGUGACUGAGGACGAGCAACCGGUUAUGGAUCGAGAUUCAACCAUGAGUUCUCACCCGAUUGUUCAACCUGUCAUCCAUCCUGACGAGAUCACGGAAAUUUUCGAUGACAUUUCUUAUGGAAAGGGUGCGUCUGUCUUACGAAUGUUGGAAUUUUUCGUUGGAAAAGAAAAUUUCCGAAAGGGAAUUUCACAAUUUUUGAAAAAGUACCAGUUCAAAAAUGCAAAAACAUCGCAACUUUGGGAAGAACUAUCAGAAGCUUACGACCCUGGAAAUCAUACGAUUUCAAGUGUAAUGAAAACCUGGACAGAACAAAUGGGUUUUCCGUACAUUUCGGUUAAGAGGAUCCGACAAGAGAAUGAAACUCACACCGUUUUCAUGGCUAAACAAAUGCGGUUUGUUAAGAAUGAUGAUGUGUAUCGUCAACAGAUGAACGCUUCCAAAGAUGAGUUCUUAUGGAGUGUUCCGCUCAGUUACACAACUAAAGAAGGGGAAAGUGAUAUUAUUUGGAUCCACGAUGCUGAAAAAAUGGAAUUCACGGUGCCCUUAAAAUUUGAAGAAUGGGUGAAAUUCAACAUAAACCAAACAGGUUAUUAUUUAGUAAAUUAUGAAGAGGAGGACUGGAAUCGAUUGACGGAGAUUUUGAUAUCAAAUCAUCAGCUUUUGUCGCCGUCAGAUAGAUCGAAUCUCCUGUUCGAUGCUUUCCUUCUUGCCGAAGCUGGUCACAUCAAGUUUGACGUUUUCUUCUCAAUGAGUAUGUACCUAAGGAAUGAAACUCAUUUGAUUCCAUGGGAAACAGCCUACGCAUCUUUUGUUUAUCUUUGCGAGCUGUUGGAAUUCACCGAUACUAAUUUCUUACUUAAGAAUUAUGUCAAAGAUUUAACCGGUGAUUUAUACAAGAAAUUAGGAUGGGCUACAGCGGAUAACCAUUUGGAUAAUUUGCUUAGGACGAAUAUCAUAGGAUUAUCAUGUCACAGUGGAAAUCAAGAAUGCUUAUCAGAUGUAUCGGAGCUGUUCCAAAACUGGACCAAAGGACAAGAGAUCCCUUCAACUUUAAGGAGUCUUGUGUACCACUAUGGAAUGGCGGAAAUAGGUCAGGAAGAACACUGGAACUACAUGUGGAACAGGUUUCUAAAAGAAGAAUCAGCUUCAGAACGUUUAAAACUCUUGCAAGGUCUCGCUCAUGUACGGGUUCCGCAAUUAAUUCACAGAUAUUUGGAAUAUGCAAUGGAUGACACUAAAGUUCGCAGACAAGAUUUUUUCUCAGUUUUGAACUUCAUAGCAGGAAACCCGAUCGGAAGACCACUUGUUUGGAAUUUCAUCAAGGAAAAAUGGCCAGCCUUAGUAGAAAGAUUUACAUUAAAUGAUCGUUACUUAGGUCUAGCUGUGAAAAAAGUAUGCAGUUAUUUUACGUCUGAAUACGAGCUGCUAGAUAUGAAAUCCUUCUUCACUAGAUACCCCGACGCUGGUGCCGGGAAGAGGAGGCGACAGCAGGCGCUGGAGAAUGUGCAAAACAACAUCAAAUGGCUGAAGUCGUAUAAAGAGGACGUUAAAUUAUGGUUGGAAAUCGAAGGAACGGCCCCAUGGUACCAUUACCGAUUACCAUCAUACAUCGUCCCACGACAUUACGAUCUCGUGGUGUAUCCUAUGCUGGAUGAAGAUCGCUUCAACGGAAGUGUGAAAAUAACCGUUUCCUUGCAAAAGCCAAGUGACUACUUUUUAGUGCAUGCAGUAGAACUGAAUGUCUCUAAGGUAGAAGUGAAAAAAGCGGAUGACGAGACGGUCGUAGCUCUGGAUGACGUAUUUCAAGUUGAAGAAAAUGAUUAUUUGGUUUUGAAAGCUAGUGAAAAAUUACUUGAUGGGAUGUAUGAGCUGUAUUUUGAAUUUGAAGGGGAACUGACUCUGUCUUUGAAAGGAUUAUACAAGAGCUCUUAUGUAAACCCAGAAACCAAAGAAAGAAGGUAUUUGGCAACAACGGAAUUCGAAGCCAUUGACGCUAGGCGAAUGUUCCCUUGUUUUGAUGAACCUUCAUUCAAAGCUACAUUUAACGUCACUCUUUACCACGAUCCCAGCUACAUUGCAUUGUCUAAUACUAUGGUAGAAAACACUGAAAUUCUUGAUAAUGGCCUUCAAGCUACGAAAUUUGAAAAAUCAUUGCCUAUGGUGACUUAUCUUCUGUGCGUUAUAGUUUGUGACUACAAAUACGUGGAGACAAUGACAGAAAAAGGAGUGAGGCUCAGAGUAUACACUGCACCGCACCAUGUUGAGAAGACGCAAUAUGCUUUGUCCGUAGCAAGCAGAAUUUUGACGUAUUAUGCAAAUUACUUUGACGUCCCAUUCCCGCUGAAGAAACUUGAUAUGAUAACUAUUCCUGACUACACUCAUAGCGGCAUGGAAAAUUGGGGCUUGAUAACUUAUUCUGAACAAGCUCUUCUUUGUGACAAUUUUACAACUGAAAAUACUAAGUACCAUGUUUCAACUAUCAUAGCUCAUGAGUUAGCUCAUAUGUGGUUUGGGGAUCUAGUCACGAUGAAGUGGUGGGACGAUCUAUGGCUGAAUGAAGGAUUCGCCUCGUAUAUUGCUCAAAAAGGUGUGACUCAUGUGGAUUCAAGCUUUGAUGAGGUAAUUACUUAUGAAGCUACUACUGCAUUGGUAGCUGCAAUGGGGAGUGAUCAGACUAUUAAUUCUCAUCCUAUUGUGCAACAAGUAACUCGAGUGAAAACAGACAUAUUUGACAGCAUUACCUAUUCCAAAGGUGCUGCUAUUUUGGGAAUGCUUGAAAAAUAUAUGGGUGAAGAUUUUAGAAAAGGCGUAUCGGCUUAUCUUAAGAAAUAUUCCUACAGUACUUCAAGGACUGAAGACCUGUGGGCCGAGUUGACACUUUCUUCUUCACAGGGUCUAAAUGUUACUUCAUUGAUGAACACUUGGACUAAACAAAUGAACUAUCCAUAUAUUAACGUUCAGAGAGAUAAAGAAGUUGAAGGACGGUUCACUGUUCAGCAGCAUAGAUUUUUGAAAGAUCCAAGAACUACCAUUUUUUCAACAAACCAAUCACCCUUCAACUACGUAUGGCAUAUCCCUUUGACUUACCGCACAGCAGAAAAUCCUGAACCUGCUUACACCUUAUUAGCGUCUCCCGAAAAAGUAAAUUUAAAUUUACCCAAAUCUGAAUGGAUCAAGUUUAAUGCAAACUUCUCUGGAUACUACUCUAUAAACUACGACGAGGAAGAUUGGAGAAAAUUUGGAGAAUUGUUGCUGAAAGAUCACACAAUUUUCUCCCCAACUGACAGGAUUAAUCUCCUGUUCGAUGCAUUCGCUUUGGCAUCUGCAGGACUUCUCGACUAUUCUGUACCUUUAAACUUGACUCGAUAUUUGAAAAAAGAAACAGACUUUGGAGCUUGGACCUUAGCUAUCACCGAAUUAACAGAAAUUCGGGACUUGCUUAAAAAUGACAGAAUGACGAGAGAAAUUGUAAAGGAAUACAUCAGAAGUCUGGCAAAAGAUUUGUACCAGGAGCACUCUUGGAAUUUUACUGGAAGUUAUUCUCAGAGGAUGUUCAACCAUAUUAUAAUCGGAGCCACCUGUGGCAAUAAGCAUCAAGAAUGUCUCAUACAAGCUGCAACAUUAUUCAGAAAAUGGAUGAAGGGUGCAGAAUUGUCCCCAGAUAUGCGAUCUCCCGUGUACGCCUACGGCUUGCGCACCCUCAAGAGUGAAGAUGCAUUCAACUAUGUGCUGGAGAAAUAUAUAGAAGAAGAUGAUCCGUCCGAGAAAUCCAAUUUAAUUAAUGCUCUAUGUGAAGCUCGAAAUGCAACACUGCUGGAAAGAUUGAUAAGACUCGCAAGAAAUGAAAGCAUAUUCAGAAAACAUGAAUAUUUCAUAGUGUUGCGGAACGUAGCUUCCAAUGAAAGAGGUUUGCCUUUGGUAACGCAGGUGAUUUUUAAUAACUGGACGGAGUUAACUGGAUAUUACAUUGAAGAAAAAGUGGAAAAAUUUGCAUACAGUGUCUUUAGCCUAUACGAAACCGAAAAGGACUUAGAGAAGGUACGAGAAUUUUACAAGAAAAAUAAAAAUUCAAAAUUCGGCCAGAAGUACCGAACACUAGCAAUCGAAAAUAUUCUUGAAAAUAUAAGAUGGCAUCAGAUGCACAGCCGGAAUAUAAAAAACUGGUUUCAAACCCAAGUGUUCAUGCCCUGGAAAAAUAAGCGCUUACCAAGACACAUCCUCCCACAAUCCUACAAUCUAAAACUGAAUCCUAACAUGGCGCAAUCCACUUUCGAUGGCCAAGUGGAUGUGGUUGUUGAUGUAACGGAGGAAACUUCUUACAUGCUGGUUCACUCUGUUGGUUUGAAAAUCGGUAGCACAGAAGUAAAGGAUUUGGAAAUGAAAUCGGAUGUGGCUAUUGAUGAAACUUUUCCAUUCAGAAUGAAUUCCUUCUGGGUCAUUCGUUUUGCCAAAUUGAUUCCACCAGGAAGUUACUUUUUGAGGUUGAAUUUCUCAGGGGAUUUCGCGGUGGAUGGACAUGGAAUGGGAAGGUAUCGUUACACCAACAAAGAGACACAAGAAAAAAGGUAUCUUAUUGCUACAAAAUUUGAGCCUACAGACGCUAGACGGGUAUUUCCAUGCUUCGACGAACCUGCCAUGAAAGCCAUAUUUAAGCUUACUAUUGUACAUGACAAGGAUUACAAUGCUGUUUCCAACAUGCCUCAGCAAAGUAAAAGAAUUUUGAAUGACAGUGUUGCAGAGACCAAUUUCCAUGAAUCCGUUAAAAUGUCAACUUAUUUGCUAUGCUGCGUCGUGUCUGAUUUCGCAUUUUUGGAGCAGGAAUAUAAAGGAAAAAAAGUAAGAGCAUACGCACCCCCUGAUUGUAUUAAUGAAGCUGAACAUGGAUUAAACACAACUAUCAAUAUUCUGGCCAAAUAUGAAGAAUUUUUCGAUAUCGAUUAUGUUCUUCCAAAACUUGAUUCCAUAGCUGUUCCUGAAUAUACUGUUCCGGGUAUGGAACAUUGGGGUAUUAUCACCUAUAAUACCCGAAAUUUCCUUGUUGAUGAAAAUUUAUCUACAUACAAACGUAUGGCAGAUGUUGACAGAGUGAUAGCACAUGAACUGGCACAUCAGUGGUUCGGGAACCUCGUAACGAUGAAAUGGUGGAACGAUCUCUGGCUCAAUGAAGGUCUUUCAACUCUCAUUAUGUACAUUCCACUUAAUCAUUACUAUUCGUCUGCAAAUGAGUUAGAUGUGAGGAAAGUGUCCAAAAUGAUGUGUGCUGAUUCUAGUCUAGACUCUCAUCCCAUUUUACGUGUUGUGCCUGCUGAUAUAUCAAACCUUUUUGACUCCAUUUCUUAUGAAAAGGGAGGAGCCGUACUGAAGAUGUUGCAAUAUACACUGAAAGAUGAUUUUAGGAAAGGACUAUCGAAUUACUUGAAGAAAUAUGCUUUCAAAAAUGCAGAAACUAAGGAUCUCUGGGAAGAAUUGUCAAAUGCUUCAAGAAUGGACGUGAAUAUCACCGAAAUGAUGAACACUUGGACUCUCCAGAUGGGCUUUCCAUACGUAGAACUACAGAGAGAAGGAAGCAAGUUGACCGCCACUCAGCAUUGGUUUCUGAGAAAAUACAGCGACUCCUCUAUUGAAGAAAUUGCGCAGAAUAAAAGCCUAUCUCCUUUUGGAUUUGUGUGGCAAAUACCACUUGUUUACAAGAAUUUAGCAACUGGAAAUGAAUAUACUAUUUGGUUGAAAGAAAAAACAGCUACCUUUGAAAUCAAUGCGCUGAAAGAUGAUGCCCUGAAAUUCAACCCAAAUUUUGUGGGAUUUUAUGUCGUAAAGUACGAUGAUUCUGAUUGGGAAAAACUUUACCACAAAAUGCGAGAAAACCACGAGGAUCUAAGUGUUACUGAUCGAUACAAUCUGCUCCAUGAUGCUUUUAUUCUGGCUGAAACAAACCGCAUUAUAUACGAUAUACCUUUAGAACUGACAAAAUACCUGAAGCAAGAAAAAGAACUACUGCCUUGGAGUCUGUUUAGGGAUCAAUUCAUACAUUUUUUGCGACGCAUUGAUGGGAAAUCUAUUACAGCGGAGCUUUUAAAAAAAUAUGUUGCUGAAUUAACAAAAAACUUAUACGAUGAAUAUGUCUCCAACAUGAAAAACAACAGUUACUUCAAAACUUGGGAAACGAGUGCUGGCAGCUGUUCUUACACUUUUCCCGAUCUUGACUUCAUAUCUACAAUUGUGGAUUUAUCUUGCCAGGCAUUGAACCAAAAAUGUAUAGAUGCAAUGAAUGAGGAAUUGCAAUUAUGGACACAAGGCAAAAAAAUUUCUUCUGAUCUCAGCUUCGUUUUCAAAACCGCAAUUCCACAUUACGGAAAUAGCACUCUUUGGAAUGUGAUGACCGAAAGAAUCAUUGACCCAGACGUAGAAGAUUCAGAAAAAUUGGAUUUAGCAGUCGGUCUUGCAUCUUUUAGAGAUUCGAUAUUAUAUAAAAGCACUAUUAACUUUAUGAUGCUCAAGCCUGAAGUUAACACAGAACUGGCGAGAGCAAUAUUUCAAGGCCUUGGAAGCAAUCCAGAAGCUGUGCCAACUUUAUGGGAUUACACUAAACGCAAUUGGAAAUCUCUACUGCUAAGGUUAGAUGCUAAAAGCAGCCCGACGAUUGGAAUUUCUAUAUUUUGUGAGACAUUUAAAACGACGAAGUAUUUAGGAGAAUUCAUCACUUUUCUGAAGCAAGUCCCUCAAAUUAAUGAAUAUGUGAUGGAAGGUUGUUUGGAAGAUAUCCAAAAUUCAGUUGAAUGGUCUGAGAAAUACGAAGAAACAUUGUUGUCUUGGCUGAGGUGGAAUGCGACCUAAUGUACCACAUUUCGGAAAUUAAAAUGUAUAUUUUACCAUCAGCUGUGCUGAUACUGCCUGUAACAAAAGGAAGAAUAAAAUUUAU